ACCGGUGGAGCACGUGACACCGGGCGGGAGGCCGCGCUUUACGGCGCCGCGCGACAGUUCCCGGUGCCGUCCCCCCUCAGGCCGCCAUGGCGUCGGGCAGCGGGACCAAGAACCUGGACUUCCGCAGGAAGUGGGACAAGGAUGAAUAUGAGAAGCUGGCGGAGAAGCGGCUCACGGAGGAGAGAGAAAAGAAAGAUGGCAAACCAGCUCAGCCCGUCAAAAGGGAACUUCUGCGGCACCGAGACUACAAAGUGGACCUGGAAUCCAAGCUGGGGAAAACCAUCGUCAUCACCAAAACUACCCCUCAGUCAGAAAUGGGGGGGUACUACUGUAAUGUGUGUGACUGUGUGGUGAAAGAUUCUAUUAACUUCUUGGAUCACAUCAAUGGCAAAAAACACCAGAGAAAUCUGGGCAUGUCCAUGCGGGUGGAGCGUUCCACGCUGGACCAGGUGAAGAAACGCUUUGAGGUGAACAAGAAGAAGAUGGAGGAGAAGCAGAAGGACUAUGACUUCGAGGAGAGGAUGAAGGAACUCCGUGAGGAGGAGGAGAAGGCCAAAGCCUACAAGAAGGAGAAGCAGAGAGAGAAGAAGAGGCGGGCGGAGGAAGAUUUGACCUUUGAGGAGGAUGAUGAAAUGGCAGCUGUGAUGGGCUUCUCUGGUUUUGGCUCAACCAAAAAGAAUCACUGAGCAGCUCUGGACUCUCCUCUUUCUCUAAACAGUUUGUUUUUACCCAGGGAACUCUGGAUAACUCUUCAAAGACUUGAUGGAGGACUUGUAUGUAAAUCUCUCAGUAGAAGUUGGCUGGAGGAGUCGAAAAGUGAUUCCAUGCUCUACCUGUGCUGCAGAACAAGCUCCGCCUCUCAUUAGCUUCCCAUCUCCUUCUGUGUCCUAGAUCUGGCUGCUCAGCUGCUCUGUGGCCGUGUGCCUGCUGGGAACUGCUCUGCUGGGUACAUUUUUGUGUCAAUAAAGUGCAGCCAUUCUGCACAGGUGGCCUGGUUCAGGAUUAAUCUAGUUGUCAACCAGGCCCUAGUUGUCACCCGGGCUGUGUUUGAGGCACAGGGAGGGAUCCAGGUUUUUUUGGGAUCGUAACGGAAGGAAAUGUGCCACAGCGAGCGGUGUGAGCGGUACAACCUGCAUCUUCAUGGCUUGUGCUGAGCAGGGCUGGUGGCUGCAUGGAGUCUGGGUUGCUGAAACUUUCCUGUGUGUUUUACCUGCAAGGGAGACUUCCCUGCUUUUUCUUUGUGUUUUAUCCCAUAAUUUCGUUCUCUUUAAGGCAGGGGAGAAAUUCCUCCCCACGACCGGUCUAGGAUAGAGCCAAUGAAAGAAAGGUGUGUUCGAUUUGCCAGAAAUAAAUUGACUCUUUUAAUGGGUCCUUUGGUGGGAGUUUGAUGCCUUAUUUAUUUUGAGAGCUUCUGCUGCCCACUGAGAAGAGCUGCUGAUGUCUCCUGUCAGCACAAAGCUGGGCUGGCCUUCUGGGGACCUCGAUGGAGACAAAGGCGUGGCGUGUGCCCCCCUCUCCUGGCUCAGCUCCCAGCUGCCCUAGAUGGGCAGUUGCCAUCAUUCUUGGUUUUUUUAAGUAAUUCUGGAGAAGGGUGUAAGAACUUGGGAGGGGGAAGGGACUUCAGGGCUGGGGACCUGCAUUUCCAUCAUGCAGUCCAAGACAGGCUGGGCUGCUUUCCAGAUUUUAUCAGCCUUAGUAUAUUAAGGGCCAUUUUUUUCCUGUCUACUGGCUGUCAGUGUCUUUUCACCUCUGCCCUCCCCUAAAUCCACUUCAUUUCAGCUUUUAUUUACCUCAGUCAAACCUUGUGUGACUCAUUUCCGUCUGCAGUUAGGAUUUAUAUUUUGCAUGGCUGGGUUUUCGUGGCUCUGUCUCACUCUCCUCUCUCUUUUUAUGUAUAUUGAUGAAAUCCUUGCGCUUGCCCUUCUCCGUGCUCGUAUGAAAUUUCCAGCCUGGGGAAGGCUGCAGUGUUUAGCCUGCUCUUUCUAAUACAUCUAGAACAAAUCCUGUAA